AUGGGAACGAGAAACUUGCUUUUCCAGUUAGCGAUACUGGGCUGUCUAGGAAGUAUCCUGGCCAGCCCGAGCGGAUCGCGUGCGAAGGCUGCGUUCCAGAGUACGGCGCAAUGUGGAUAUGAGGCUUGUCCGGUUGUUAAAGAGAACAUGCUGAACGUGCACAUCGUGGCACAUACGCACGAUGACGUCGGGUGGCUGAAAACGGUCGAUCAGUACUACUACGGAAGUCAGACCAGUAUCCAGGUGGCAGGCGUUCAGUACAUUCUCGACUCGGUGAUCAAGGAGCUUACGAGGGACAGCUCAAGGCGGUUCAUAUUCGUUGAGUCCGCAUUCAUGAAGCAAUGGUACGAGGAGCAAACCGAAGAGCUUCAGCAGACCGUGCGGGACUUGGUUGACGAGGGUCGUCUCGAGUUCGUUGGCGGUGCGUGGAGCAUGAACGAUGAGGCAGCGGUUCACUACCAAAGUGUGAUAGACCAGUUCACCUGGGGUUUGCGGUUUCUCAGCGAUACCUUCGGGGAGUGUGGACGCCCUCGGGCGGGCUGGCAGAUUGACCCGUUCGGACACUCGCGUGAGCAGGGUUCCCUGUUCGUCCAGAUGGGAUACGAUGGGCUGUUUCAGGGACGGCUCGAUUUCCAGGAUAAAAACGAGCGCAUCGCGAAGCAAACGAUGGAAAUGAUGUGGAAAACCAGUGCCAGUCUCGAGCACAGCGACCUAUUCACCAGUGGGCUUUACUACAUCUACGCUCCGCCGCCUGGCUUUUGCUUCGACGUACUGUGUACCGAUGACCCGAUAAUCGAUGGCCCGUACUCGGCGGAUAACAAUGUUCGGGAGAAAAUAGAUCUCUUUCUGGAGACGGUACAGAACGUAUCGAAAGCAUACUUGACGAACAACAUAAUUCUGACCAUGGGCGAAGAUUUCCACUAUCAGGAUGCUAAUAUGUGGUUCAAGAACUUGGAUAAAUUGAUCAAGUACACAAAUGCACGCCAGGCGGAAGGAUCGAUGGUCAAUGCGUUCUACUCUACACCUUCCUGCUACUUGAAUGCGGUGCACGAUGCAAACGUGGAUUGGCCUACAAAAUCUGACGACUUUUUCCCCUACGCAUCGGACCCGAACGCUUUCUGGACGGGUUACUUCACUUCUCGACCGACGCAUAAACGGUACGAACGCGAAGGAAACCUCUUCCUGCAGGUCUGCAAACAGCUGUCGGCAAUCGCACCGACGAAGGAGGAAUUCUUCGAGCAGCAUCUGGGCCGUCUCCGUGAAGUUAUGGGUGUGAUGCAGCAUCAUGAUGCUAUUACCGGCACCGAGAAGCAACAUGUCGCUGACGACUACGCCCGUAUGAUGUACGUAGCCUUUGAGGGCUGCAAUGCCAAUGCGCGAUCGGCCCUAAACCAAUUGAAUGGAGAUGGAGUAAAACUCGACUGGAGCUACUGCAAAACUCAAAACAUCAGCGCCUGCGAAACGACCGAGUCCUUCGAGAACCUCCAGGUGCUUCUGUAUAAUCCUCUUGCUCAUAGCACUGACGACUUCGUGCGACUUCCGGUGAAGGAAG